CUAUAAUGUAAUGUAGGCUUUUUGAAUUAUAGGUUAUGCACUGUUUUGAACGGAGUCAAAUGCGGUUAAUAGCCUAAUUUCUCUCCUUACACCUGUUGGUCAUAAAUCAGUCAGUGCUGUCUUGUCAUAGGGUUAUAGUCAUGUGUAGCUAUAGCCCAAUAAUGGACUAAAUGAGCCUAACGUUACUCCGUAUAAUCUAAGGACCUUGGAUGUUCUAUUUCGAGGUGAAUUGGUUAUGGCAGCCAAAUACUCCAUCUAAACGUGAAUCGAUUCACAAUUGCGGUAUGCUUUUUAGGAACAUAAAGCACUCUUUCAUGUCACAUCCAAUAUCAUUCCACAAGUGCAAAAUAUUGGCUACACUUUACUGUACACGGUUUAAACCGGUUUUAACACAGUUGCAGCAGACAGUAUUUUUCAGUGACAGCACUUUGUGGCAUCAGUCUUCUGUUUGCACACAGGUGUUUGGAGAAGCAGUUAAUGAGCGUAGGCAGUGGACUUUGUCUUCUGUCUGUCCGCUGUAACAUGGAAAUAUGUUUGCGUGGGAACCCUAACCCCAUAAAGAACCCAGUGCAGGAGUGGGGUGAGGAGUUUGAGGAGGGGGCGUUGUAUGGAAUCACCCUGCGUCGGGAGCCCGUCCAGAUACCAGCCAGCCCCACCGAGGCCCGGCCAUGCGUUGCCUUCGUCCAGUACCGCACCUGCAAGGUGCGCAGGCUGAAGGCAGCCACCCUGAACCGGCUAGUUAGCCACCUCCUGGACCCCUGCUGCCAGGAGCCCGACUACAGACGGAUCUUUCUGUCCACCUACCAGACGUUCACCACUACCAGUGCACUCAUUGAGCUGCUCUUCCAGAGGGACAAUGGGGCUUCAGAUGUGUACAACAGUGAAUGUCACAGGAGGCGUCUGUUGCCCCUGAUCCAGACUUGGUUGGAGGAGUACAGUGAGGACUUCCGGGAUACUCCUCAGUACCCCUCCCUAAGGCUGCUGUUGGACCACCUGCACUGCCUAUCCUCCUUCUGUUCACUGUCCCAGUGCUCUGAAACUCUGCUUAAUAAGUUCCAGAGAGAAGAAAUGGAUACUGGUGGCCAUUCUGCCCAGGCUGAGGUUAAUCAGGAAGACGAGAGCUCAGGGGAGGAAGGCCUAGAAUGGGACAGCCCACUGGAUCAGGGUGACAUCAUGGACUUCUCAGUCACAGGCAUUGCAGAACAGCUCACCCGACUGGACGCUGGGCUGUUUAGGAAGGUAGUUCCCUACCAGUGUCUAGGCUGUGUGUGGUCCCAGAGAGAUAAGAAGGAGAACCUGUCUGCUACCGUUAGCGCCACCAUUGCCCAGUUUAAUGCAGUCACCAACCGAGUCAUCACCUCCCUGCUCUGCCAGCCCACCUCCAGCCCCACUUCUGUCCUCAGGGCCUCCAGCCCUGCUCAGAGGGCCUGCGUCAUUGAGAAGUGGAUCAGAGUAGGACAGGAGUGUCGGCAGCUGAAGAAUUUCUCCUCUUUGAGGGCCAUCCUGUCUGCCCUUCAGUCCAAUGCUGUCUACAGACUGAGGAAGACGUGGGCUGCUGUGUGUAGGGACAGCGUGGCCAUCUUUGAUAACCUCUGUGAAACCUUCCCUGAUGAGAACUGUGUGUUGAGCAACAGAGAGAUCAUUGUGGGGGAUGGAAGCCAAACAGCCAUGGAUAACAUUUCUCCCAAGAUAUUCAAGCAAUGUCCUAUUGCCAGACAGAUGAGCACCUCCAGUGGGGUGGUUCCUUACCUGGGCACAUACCUGACUAUCCUCACAAUGCUGGACACUGCUCUACCAGAUACUGUGGAGGGGGACCUCAUAAACUUUGAAAAGAGGAGGAGGGAGUUUGAGAUUCUCUCUCAGAUCCGGCAGCUCCAAGCCUCUUGCUCUCAGUACCACCUGCCCCAUCACACCAGGAUCACUGCCUGGUUGCAGGGCCAGAAGCUGCUCACUGACCAGGGGAGCUAUGAACUGUCCAGAAACCUGGAGCCUCCAAUAGACCUCUGCUCCCCAAGCGCCUGGAGCCACCGUUUGCUCAGCAAGAAACUGUCCUCACUCCUGAAAGUGAGUGAGGGAUCCAGCGGGAAAACCCAUGCAGACGAGAUCAGUGUGUCGUCUUCAGGGUCCAGUGGCUCUGAGAUAGAGGAUCUCUCCACCCCUCCCUCCACACUCAGACUGCAGUCUCUGUCCAGCUCCUGUCAAAAUGUGGCGGAGGCCUUACCCUCCUCCCCGGAUGGCUCCACUCCUUCCAGUUGUUCCUCCAGUUCUCAGCCUGACCUCUCUGCUCCAGUGGCUGCCCACCCUAAACCCAUGCUGGCCUCUCAUCACAAGCGCUCUGUGUCCAUGACCUCCCUCCCCCUCUACAACAGACAGGUGGCUGACUCCUGUAUAGUGAGGGUCAGUGUGGAGGCUGGCAACGGCAACAUGUACAAGAGCAUCCUGCUGACUAGUCAGGACAAAACUGCCCAGGUGAUCCAGAGGGCCCUGGAAAAACACAACCUGGAGCACCUGACCUGUCAAGACUUCACCCUCACACAGUUGAUCUCCCAGGAAAGAGAGUUGCUCAUUCCGGACAAAGCUAACGUCUUCUACGCCAUGUGUACGUCAGCGAACUUUGACUUUGUUCUGCACCAGUGUCCACUGGGUCAAAAGAAACCUCUGUGCGCUACUUCCAGCCUUGGACGUUAUUCAAAGUAGACACCGUUCUAUGGCAAUGAUGAGUAACUGCAAACCAGGACUGAGUUCAAAGGAUUUUGUACAGACAUUUACCUGGUUGUAGUGUUUGUUUUUAAUAACUUUAUUUUAUGACAAAAAUCAUGUUUAAAUGUUCCAUGAUGGACAGACCCCUGCUUGGUUUGUUGUCAAGUCGGUGCCAUGAGAGGAACAGGUGGAAGAUGAUAGUAUGAUGGCACGUCAUGUAAAAUACACGUGUUGUGUGUGUGUGUGUGUGUGUGUGUGUGUGUGUGUGUGUGUGUGUAUACGGCUGAAGACAACAGAUUUGGGGCUACAUUUUGAAACCCAUUGAACAGAAUAUCCUUUAUUUAUUGGUGGAGCGAACUCUACAUGAAUUCCACCAUUCAACACUCAACAUUCCUACUAAAAAUCCCUGAGGUGCUUUACUUUGUGGAAAGGAGUCACAUUGGAACAGCAUCAGCAGUGACUCUCUCCCUCAGUCACACACCAAUAUACAGACACGUAAUAGUUGUUUCCUCUUGUCUCUUCUCCUCUGAGCAAAACCAGUCACCUAUUUGUUUUAAUGAGAGACAUGACUGACGUUUCCCAACAGGGAGAGACACCCUAUGAGCCUUAAAAGGAAAUGAGGUCACAGGAGAUGGCCUGCCACCUGAGCAGUGGAUGGGAAUGUUCUCACCCGGAUCACUAUGUUCCCCAGGGUAUCAGCCCGCCGUCAUGGCGAUACUGAUUGGGGCUGUGCGUGUGAAAGGAGGGGCUGCCCUGACUGGCUGGAUAGCAUUCCACAUACGCUACAGUCAGCUGCUGUAGAGGGGACACUGACAAACAUUUAUGGACUCAGACUGUCAAAGUUUUAAUGAUGGUGAUAAUGUGUGUUAAAUGGUUUUGUGUUGCAUUUCGGUGUUAAUACUUAGAUUUUUUUUUUACAUUGUUUUCUAUUUUUCUCCUAUAAUGCUCUUGAUGAUUAGAUGUGCCUCCAUGGCUGUGUUGCCUAGCUACCCAAACUCCUUGUUCCGGCCAAAUGGGACGCCAACGGACAUUAAUUUCUCCUUCUCCUACCUCCCUGAUGAUUUCUAGAAUGAAAAUCCAAUCUAGACCGUCUGAUUGGUUCCAGAAACCAAUGGGUUGAGCCAGAACACGUGGGUAAAUCGGCAUUUUGAAAAUUAGUCAUUGGCUUUGAUAUGCUGAUGGGUUAGAGAUGAUCAACCGCUGAUGCCUUGGUUUGUACAACACCCCUCAUUAUGACGUCGCCACAAACGACUUCAAUGAUCGCACUCUCAGACUGAAGUCUGUUACCAAAGAUAGAGCAGUGGAAUAAUUCAGUUUGAGUCGUCAGGCAAGGCUGUGUGCACUUGUCAAUUAAAUAUAAAGUAUACUGAACGAAAAUAUAAGCGCAACAAUUUCAACUAAUUUUACUGAGUUAAAGUUCACGUAAGGAAAUCAGUCAAAUUAAAUCCAUAGAUUAGGGCCUAAUGAAUGUAUUUCACAUGACUGGGCAGGGGCGCAGACAUCGGUGGGCCUGGGAGGGCAUAGGACCACCCACUUGGGAGACUGGCACACGCACUGGGGAGCAAGGCCCAGCCAAUCAAAAUGAGUUUUUCCCCACAAAGCGGUUUUAUUACAGACCGAAAUACUCUUCAGUUUCAUCAGCUGUCCGGGUGGCUGGUCUGAGACGAUCCCACAGAUGAAGAAGCUGGAUGUGGAGGUCCUGGACUGGCAUAGUGACACGUGGUCUGAGGCCGGUUGGCCGUACUGUCAAAUUCUCUAAAACAACAGCUUACGGUACAGAAAUGAACAUGCAGUUCUCUGGCAACAGCUCUGGUGGACAUUCCUGCAGUCAGCAUACAAAUUGCCCAUUCCUUCAAAACAUCUGUGGCAUUGUGUUGUGUGACAACUGCACAUUUUAGACUGGCCUUUUAUUGUCAGCAGCAACAAGCUGUACCUGUGUAAUGAUCGAGCUGUUUAAUCAGCUCCUGCCUGUCAGGUGGAUGGAUUAUCUUAGCAAAGGAAAAAAUGCUCACUAACUGGGAUGUAAACUAAUUUGUGCACAACAUUUGAGUGAAAUAAGCUUUUUGUGCAUAUGGAAACAUUUCUGUGAUCUUUUAUUUUAGCUCAUGAAAUCAUGGGACCAAGGCUUUACAUGUUGCAUUUAUAUUUUUGUUUAGUUUUCAGUCUAAACCAUGCCAGGUUUCUUGACUGUUUAAAACUUGCAGAUGAAUCACCGAUUGAUAGGCAUUUCCAAAAUAGUUUUUUUAAAUAUCAGUGUACAACACUACAGUAGCUCAAUUUAGAUGUUUAGAAGGACUAUCAUGCAAAUAAGUGUUUGAUAUAUUAAAACUUUCCACUAUGAUUGAACCAAGUUGGUUAUGCAACAUUCUGUGAAAUUCAAACACUUAGGCGCUAUAAAUAACUCGAGGCGCUUUCAUCUGCCAGAGCAUUGACGUACCCCUUUCCUCCAGCGCUUGCAAAUGGGUCAUUUGAACCCAGAUUUAAAUCCAAUGUAUAUUACAAAUCUGCCAUAACUGAAUUCUCAGAGGUUGCUUAGUUGUCUCUUUGAGAUGAAUAGCGUUGUGUUAAAUAUAUAUGGCUUGUACAAUGCUUUGUGAAAAUCCUGCAAACAUGAAAAAAACUGAUUGAUUCAAGCAACAGGACAUCUCAGAAAUGCCUGCACUUUUACUGAGCUGCCCAGUUUCAUUGUCUCUGUGCUCCAAAUAAAGUUUAUCGACACCUUC